GUCUUUCCUGUGGUGCCCGCGAAACCUUCCACACAGCAAUGUCGUGAUUUUGGCCCGCCGUCGUCGGUAGACGGCAAUUUCUUUGAAGCCAAACAGACUUCAAAGCCAGCUCAACUGACUGUCAACUUGGGAUGUCUGCGACGCAGAUCGACGAGAUGGGGGUGGAUCGCAGAGCGCCGACAGCCUCCGAGCACCGAGAGCUUGGACCACACACCCCCAACUGUCCUGGGACUGGCUGCCUCACCUGCAACGGCCUGCAGGUUAGGGUGGAGAGCAGACGCCAGUUGCCCGGUCUACAAGGCACUGUACCUUAGUCUGUAGCUAUACCUUUCAGCUCGAGCCAAUGCAAUCCAGUCUACUGUACAACACACUGCCGG